AAGAGCUAAUGACAAUGAUGAUGAAAGAGUUCUUCCACCGAAAGGAGGAGGAUCGGAAGUGGGAAAAGAAAGAGAAACCAGAGUCAGCCUGACUAGCAGCCGGAAGAGAAGGCAGCGACCAGCUGACCCAACCAGCCACAGAGAACAGCACUCCUUCACCUCACUCUCAGAGAACCGUAACCUCCAUAACUUCAGACGGACAAGAAAUCCUACCUGAACAACCCGCAAAACAGUCAGAAACUGACCCAACACCUGAUGCGUUAGAUCACAGCAGCGUCCAACAAACACCUGCUGACGAAACCACUCAAGUUCCUGAAAGUGCUGUCAUGGUCAUCUGCCACUCCUCCGACGAACACCAGAUCAGUCCUGACAUCCUACCUGUCUCAUCCCAAACUCCAGUCCCUCAACUACUGGGCGACCUCAUUGAGAAAGGUAUUGCAAGAAAGUUUUACCUCUCCAUCAUCAUCCAACGCCACAUCAAAUUCGAAGCCCUCCUGGACACCGGAGCCGACAUCACUCUAAUGUCAACUGAACUCCUUGAAGAAGUCCAAGAAAGAACAAAGAGGUCUAAUAGCACCCUCAAACUUCAAAGGUGCGAGCUGAACCUUCAAGCAUAUUCCCACACAGGCCUACAGCUAAAACAUAUGGCCCCAAUUCACCUAACUGUGGGACCAAUGGACCUCGUUCACCCAGUAUACAUCUCACCACUCAACACGUAUCCACUCCUCAUUGGAAAAGACCUCCUUAAUCGCUUUGAACCCUUAAUUGACUUCAAGCAACUAAAGAUAUGGACGCAAGUCCAUGAGCCUCUACCCUGCCAGUCAGUAGACUCCAACGAGUCGCAGUGUCAAACCACAGACGCCGCCGCCAGUUCACUGACUGAUGAUACAAUGUCAAAGCCAGGGCCAGGGCCAAGCUCAACUCCAAGCAGCAAGAACCUGGACCCUUUCCUCUGCUCAUUGCAG